AUGAAUACAAAAAUUACGGCCCUGGAAAGGGGGACAGCCCCAGACAAAAGCUUUAGGCUGGCCAAACAUCCCUUUACGAGGGAGCUCAUGAGAGAAGAGCUUCCCAAGGGUUUUAAACCCCCCACGUUCGAGGCUUAUGAUGGGAAAGGUGACCCCAAUGACCACAUCAGCUACUUCAAUGCCAUAAUGACAGUCUAUGGUGGGUCCGAUGUGGUGUCCUGUCGAUCAUUCCCCACCUCUCUCAAGGGGCCCGCGGCGUUGUGGUUCGCCAAAUUAAAGCCUAACUCGAUCCGAAGCUUCACAGAGUUGGCCAAAGCCUUUGUCAGCCACUUCCAGAGCAGUGUGAAGCAAAAGAAGACCACAGCCAAUUUGUUGGCUAUCAAACAACGCUCUGAUGAGUCCAUCAGAGAUUAUAUCGCCCACUUCAACGCGAAGAGGCUGGAGAUUAAGGACCUGGAUGAUGCUAUGGCUUUUAACGCCCUGCAUAAUGGAGUCACCAACCACGAUCUAGUAAAGUCACUGGCACUAGAUCUGGUGACGACUAUGCCAUAG